AUGACACCAAAGGCACCAGUCACAAAAGAAAAAACAGACAUACUGGACUUCAUGAAAACUAAAAAACUUUUUGAAUCAAAGAACGGAAAUCCUGGAAGGAAAGCUCGGAAGGCUCCGAAAGGCGAGUCCUCCGGGAACGUUUCCUGCCGCGCACACCCGGCCGGGAGCUCUUCUCUCUUUCCUCCAACUUCUCCACAAACCAGCGCCGCGAGCAGCCUCCCCACCCCCUUGCAGAAAGUCAAGGCUGCGCCCGCCGAACAACACCUCCCUCCAACUCCGGACGUUCGGACGCGGCCGCCGCCGAGGGAGACUCCGCACAACGGGAUCGCGGCACCGGGACCAGAGCCGGCGGCUGCCCCCGUGCCGGCCCCGGGCCCACCCCACACGAACAAAAAAGAGUCGCGGCGGACGGGGGACUGCCUGCAACGUCCCCGGCCGGGCCUCAGGCUCCCUCCGCACCCCCCUCUCUGGACGGGGACCCCGAAACCCGCAAGGCCGCGGAUGGGUAGGGGGGCGCCGCCGCGCAAACUUACACCCCCAGCCCGGCUGGGCGCCGCGAGGGGCGCGGAGCGGAGCCCACUGAGGAAAGGCCGCCGACGAAAUGCCCUCCGCCCUGCGGCCCCGAGUCCCCCAGGUUUCCCGCUCCUCGUCCCCGCGCCCGGGACGCCGCGCGAGCGUCCCCCGUCCCCCCCAGGGCUGCUCACCGAGGCCGCUGAAACCCGCUCUCCGCCGCCGGUCACUGGCUCGGACUUCUGA